AUGCAGGUUGAGCUCGUGAAGCAUCCGUUGCGCGUCUUUGAUCGACGGCUCGUCGGGCAGCCUGGCGCGCCACGGCUGUACAUCGGAGCCGUGGCGUUCGAUCUCGCCGUCGAUGAGGCUGCGCCGAUGGGAAUGCGCCGUUUCGAGCUCUCCAUGCCGUGGGGCGCUGCCACGCACCUCGCCGGCUUGAGGCUUGCCCGCCCGCCCACCUCUGACGGCAUUACUGUCCAACGGCCGCCUCCUCGCGGCCGGUUCACGUACAUCGCGUACGGCGACUCCAUCACGCACGGGUACUGCGCCGAGACGCCGUACCCGGGCUUGAUUGGCAGGCUCAACAACUGGACCGCAAUCAAUCUCGGCUGGGGAGGCAUCCGGGUCACGCCCCGGCACGGACCAGCGCUGGGCGCUAUCCCCGCCGACCUCAUCUCGAUGCUCAUUGGCACUAACGACUACGGCGGAGGAAACUGCGAAGUUGCGGCUGGCCUAUCUGAGACGCUCAAUGGCAUCCGGGAGGCUCAGCCGGACGUCCCGCUCGUCGUCAUCACGAUGAUUCUCCGGAGGGAGGUGAACAGGCGCAUCCACGCCGGCGACCGGAACCUCCACCUAGUCGAGGGUGGUGGGCUGCUCUCGCUCGGCGACCUCGGCGAUGGCCUUCAUCCGGCCGGCACAGACGCGAUGGAGAAGCUCGCGAGAGGCAUCAAUGCCCACUUUCACCGUCUGGGCCUUGCGCGCACUUUUCACUGCUACGCAGAGCGCUACCCGCACCUGCUCGAGGAGUACUGCGGCGGUACCGCCACCGAGCACAACCACAGGGCCCGCGGUCACGCGGCGACGAGCGCUGCGACGACUGCCGCAAUCUGGUGCUCCGCCGUGGUUGGGGCGGGCGCGCUCGCCGUGGCGUUCGGAAUGCUCCUCCGGGCCAAGGGGCACACCCGCUUCGCGAAAGUCCUCGGCUCCGAGGGCGAGUACGAGCUGGAGCCCGGGCCUGCCGACAGGGCCUUGCUCUCGGUCCCCACACUCAGCAGGGCCGUGCUCUCGCUCUUGGCUUGA